AUGUCAACGGCCAACUCCACUCGAAUGGACGUUGACAGCAUGUGCAACGAUGAUCGCUCCACUCGAGCUACAAGCGUUUUGUCAAUGGAUGAUAUCGAAGCCGCACAGGCACUAGAAGGCCUCCGAUCAGAUUUCGCGCACUCUUCCCCGUCGUCGCGCCGCUCCACCCUGUUCUCAUCCGAGCCACCGCAGCCAGAGCCGCUAUUGUCGCUUCUUACCUCCUCCCACCCCUUGCUCUCCUCCGCUAUCAACAGCUCAAUGUCCGUCUACUCGUCAUCCAAGUCAUAUUCGCCCAGAUUCAGAUACGGCGCUGAAUUCAUAGAGCGGAAUAUCGGGACCCCAGUUGCAAACACUGUUGGGAGCGUCGGGCGCAAAACCGGUGUCGAAGGAGGCUUGCGCUGGGUUCUGCAGCGACGAGAUAACCCAGGUCCGGGCACCCGUGGUGCGCGCUCCGAUGGCAGGGAACAACACUCUGAUGCCAUGGAUAUUGAGAAGGGCCCAACCGAGCCACGGCCCACUCAUACAAGACGCUCCUCGGGUCUAUCCAGCGUCGAGACGUUGCCGCCGUAUGACACACUGUCGUCGCCCAACUAUGAAGAUUUGACGGCUCUAGAUAGCAAAAUCGAUCUCACUCAGCCUUCUCAGAAUCAGACCUGGCAGAGUCGCUUAGUAAUUUCCACCUCCGGGUUAGGAGUCGCGAUGAGCGAAGAAUCGCUGCGCAGUUUGACAUACUGUCUGAAGUGGUUGCAAUGGGCGAACACGCGCCUUGGAAGUUCCAUCGUAAUUCUGAAACGGGUUCUCGAAGAAUGGGACGAGUCACGGCAGCAAGAAUCGUCGGGCGAUAUCCUGGACCCGGAAAAUAGGCCAAGGAGCCCAACCGCCAUGUCGCGACAGAUCCAGCAGGUCAAACAGGACGUCCUUCAGACUCUCAAACAGGUGGUCGACGUGGUAUCGAGAUACGCAGGCGGCUCGCUACCUGAAAACGCGCGCAAUCUUGUUCGUCGGCAUCUGACCUCGCUGCCACAGAGGUUUCGACUUGCUUCAUCCUACACCAACAGACAGGACGAUGCGUCCGAUUCUCAGUCAGACGCCACCUCCACCAGCGCCCACCGUGUUCUAGUCCUUGCUGAGGAGGGUUUGGAUAUGAUGGCGCAAGUCAGCAGAGUUGUAAACGACACACUCGUAAGCGCCGAGAGUUGGUGCGAGAGGCUGCGAAGGCCGAAGCCAGCAGUCAACUCAACAGGUGCUCAAGACUCAGAGUCGCCGGCUUUGAGCAACCUAGACGUCAAGCAACCUUUCGUUGAUGCGACACAGCCUCGUGACGUGGAAAUGACAGGCAUGGAACAGGCUUGA